AUGUCCAACAGCAGCUUCCUCACUGAGUUCCUCCUCUUGGCGUUCGCGGACACCCGGGAGCUGCAGCUCUUGCACUUCCUCCUGUUCCUGGGCAUCUACUCAUGGGCUGCCCUCCUCAGCAAUGGCCUCAUCAUCACAGCUGUAAGCUGUGACCACCACCUCCACACCCCCAUGUACUUCUUCCUCCUUAAUCUCUCUGUCCUCGACCUUGGCACGAUCUCAUCCACUGUGCCCAAAUCCAUGGCCAAUUCCCUGUGGGACACCAGGGCCAUUUCCUAUUCAGGAGGUGCUGCCCAGGUCUUUUUCUUUGUCUUCUUAAUUUCAGCAGAAUAUUUCCUUCUUACCAUCAUGGCCUAUGACCGCUAUGUUGCCAUCUGCAAACCCCUGCACUAUGGGACCCUCAUGGACAGCAGAGCUUGUGUCAAAAUGGCAGCAGCUGCCUGGGGCACUGGUUUUCUCUAUUCUGUGCUGCACAUUGCUAACACAUUUUCAAUACCACUCUGCCAAGACAAUGCCCUGGGCCAAUUCUUCUGUGAAAUUCCUCAGAUCCUCAAGCUCUCCUGCUCAGAUGCCUACCUCAGGGAAGCUGGGCUUCUUGUGGUUAGUUUUUGUUUAGCCUUUGUGUGUUUCAUUUUCAUUGUGCUGUCCUACGUGCAGAUCUUUUCAUCUGUCCUGAGGAUCCCCUCUGAGCAGGGCCGGCACAAAGCCUUUUCCAUGUGCCUCCCGCACCUGGCCGUGGUCUCCCUGUUUCUCAGCACUGCAAUGUUUGCAUACCUAAAGCCCCCCUCCCUCUCCUCCCCAGCUCUGGAUCUGGUGGUGGCUGUUCUGUACUCAGUGGUGCCUCCAGCAGUGAAUCCCCUCAUCUACAGCAUGAGGAACAAGGACCUUAAGGAUGCACUGAAGAAAUUGAUUCAACUGGUACUAGUUCAGCAGGUAUAA